ACACCAUGCGAGACCAGCUUGUCGCGUCCUCCCUCCUCGCCCCCGUGCCCGUCACGCUCGCGGUGGCCGCGACGGCGUUCGCGGUCGGGUAUCAGGUGCGCGGGUAUUUCUCGCCCGUGCUGCAUGCGCGCAAGCGCUCCGACUCGAUCGAGGGCGGCAGCGACACGGACUCGGACGCCGAGGACGAGGCCGCCGCCAACGCCGCCAACCUCGGCUCCGUCAAGGCCGGCGCGGACGACGUCAAGCUCGUGCUCGUCGUCAACGACCAGCUCAAGAUGACAAAGGGCAAAAUCGGCGCGCAGUGCGGGCAUGCGACGCUCGCGUGCUACGAGACGCUGGCGAAGAGCAAUCCUAGACUCCUUUCCAAGUGGAAGAUGCACGGCCAGCCCAAGAUCGCCCUCCGCUGCGCAAACACCGAGGAGCUCGACGAGCUCGCGCGCCAGGCCCGCGCUCUCAACCUCUGCGCCCGCACCAUUCAAGACGCCGGCCGCACUCAGGUCGCCCCCGGCUCCAAGACUGUUUGUGGCAUUGGACCCGGCCCGGCACGUCUCAUCAACCAGGUGACUGGCAAGCUCAAGCUGUUGUAGACGGAAUCUUGUCAUCACACUGCAGUACAUGUACAUCUACCUCCGUC